CUUAGACACAGCCACUCUGGGGAGCCGCGACUUCACCUGAGCGCCCUUGCGCGUUCCAUCGCCAUGAGCCUUGGAGGAAAGAAACCAGGUGCACCCAGCAUCCGACAGUUUCGCUCGGGUGACCCAAUGGAUGAGAAGGAGUCCAAUCGAACGUGGGAAUGCUUGAAGCAUGCCAUUCAUCAGAUCCAUGAGCACAAUGCCUCCUCCUUGUCCUUUGAGGAGCUGUACCGAAAUGCUUACAACUUGGUCUUGCACAAGUAUGGGGAGCUACUUUACAACGGCGUGCAGGGCGUUGUGGCGGAUCAUUUGAAGGGCGUGGCACAAAGUUGUAUCGAGUGUCCCGAUGAUCGUCUGCUAGAUGAACUGAAGAAGCAGUGGGAUGACCACAAGACAACCAUGGUCAUGAUCCGAGACAUUCUGAUGUACAUGGACAGAAACUUUGUGACGCAGUACAAGAAGGUACCCGUCUACGAGAUGGGCUUGGUGAUUUUCCGGGAGAAGGUCUCUGGCCAUCCUCGGGUGAAGUCCCACUUGUUGACCCUUCUCCUGGACAACAUCACUGCGGAACGUCGCGGAGAACAGGUGGACCGGAUCCUUUUGAAGCACACGCUGAACAUGCUCGUGGAGCUAGGUGUGCAGGGCAAAAAUGUCUACAGAGAAUGCUUCGAAGAUCCGUUCUUGGACCAUACCCGGAAGUUCUAUCAGGAUGAGUCCAAGCAGUACAUCUCUCAGAACCCCUGCUCCGACUAUCUGAAGAAGGCGGAGAAGAGAAUUCGAGAGGAAAAAGCGCGGGUGGAGAACUAUUUGCACGAAUCCACAAUGGAGAAGAUCGAGGAGUUGUGUGAUGAAGAAUGGAUCUCUGUCCACUACAAGACCCUGAUCCACAUGGAGAACUCUGGGUGUGCGUGGAUGUUCCAAUGCGACAAGAUUGAGGAUCUCGAAAGGAUGUAUCUCCUCUUCAGCCGCGUGCCGAUUUCCUUGAAGGAGAUUCAAAAGGUGAUGAUGGAUUGCAUGUGCGAAGCAGGACGAGAAGUCCUGAACGAUCCAGAGAAGGUCAAAGACCCCGUGAGUUUCAUCACAGCCAUCCUCAGUCUGAAGCAGAAGUUUGACCGAUUUGUCAAGGAAUCCUUCAAAGAAAGCAAGGACUUUCAGCUGGCGUUGAAGCAGGCCUUUGAAUCCUUCCUCAACAAGGACACUCGGACGGCCCAGUAUUUGUCGCUUUAUGUGGAUGACCAGUUCCGCAAGGGUCUGCGAGGCAUGUCCAACGAUGCCGAUGUCGAUGCAGCACUCGAGCAGGUGGUCACCGUCUUCCGCUUCCUCCAAGACAAGGAUGUUUUCGAGAAUUUCUACAAGCAGCACUUGGCUCGACGACUCCUGACAGGUCGCAGUGUGAGCGAUGAGGCCGAAAGGAGCAUGAUCUCCAAGUUGAAAAGUGAAUGUGGUCAUCAGUACACCUCCAAGUUGGAGGGAAUGUUUCAGGACAUGAAGUUGUCGGAAGACAUCAUGAAGCAGUACAAGAACUCCUUUGCGAGUCCAUCAUUGGCGCGAGGGAUGGCACCUCGUACAGGCACCACUCCGGCGAUGUCUUCGUCAAUUGAUUUGAAGGUGUCUGUGCUGACUAGCGGCUUUUGGCCAGGCCCUCCUGGCUCCCCCUGCGAGUUGCCUCCUGAAGUUCAGGACUGCUGCAGCCGAUUCGAAACCUUCUACCUGGCAAAGCACACAGGUCGAAAGCUCUAUUGGCAGCCGCAGCAUGGACUCGCAGACAUCAAGGCCCAGAUGCCCAAGACCAAGCAUGAGCUCAACGUGACAACUUACCAGAUGUGCAUCUUGAUGCUCUUCAACCAGCACGUCACCUUGACUUACAAGGACCUGCAGGUGAGAAGCAACAUUCCCUUGGAGGAGCUGAAACGGCAUCUGAUGAGCCUUUACGUCAAUCCCAAGGCCAAAAUACUGGUGAGAAGAGAUCCAGAUAAAGAGAAGAAAGAUCCUGAGGACAGCGACCAGUUUAUGGUGAAUCCUCAGUUUGAGAGCAAACUCAUGAGGAUCAAGGUCCCUUUGGUCCAACUGCGUGGUGAAACCAACCUCACAGCUGAGGGCACCGAUGCUGCGGGAAGUGCAGAUGUUCCGGCCACCGUGGAAGAGGACCGCAAGCACCUCGUGGAGGCCGUGAUUGUGCGCGUCAUGAAGAGCCGCAAGACACUGGAGCACAACCAGCUCGUCAUGGAGGUGACCCGACAUUUGACGUCUCGGUUCCAACCCGCGCCCACGCUGAUCAAGCAACGGAUCGAGAAACUCAUCGAACGAGAGUACCUGGAGAGAUCAAAUGCUGACAGGAGGGUCUACAACUACCUCGCAUGACGCGCAUCUCUGGGUUGCACACCGCGCUGACAGAUGCUGGUGCAGUCCAAAA